AUGGCGAUCACUAAAGGAGAGGAUGUGUAUGCUAGUCUUCUCUUGAACGACGGAUACCUUCCUGGCGCACUUGUUCUUGCGCACUCGCUGCGUGAUUCCGGCACCAAUAAGAAGCUCGCUAUCUUGAUCACCCCCGAGACCGUCUCCAACGAGGUUGUGGAACAGCUUCAGACCGUCUACGACUAUGUCAUCCCCGUCGAGACGAUUCAGAAUGACCGACCGGCCAACCUGUUCCUCAUGAACCGCCCUGAUUUGCACUCGGCCUUCACCAAGAUCAACCUCUGGAAGCAGACCCAGUUCCGCAAGAUCGUCUACAUCGAUGCCGACGUUGUCGCUUAUAGGGCUCCCGAUGAGCUCUUCGACCUCCCUCACGCCUUCUCCGCCGCUCCCGAUAUCGGCUGGCCCGACCUGUUCAACACUGGUGUCAUGGUUCUGGCGCCCAACAUGGGUGAUUACUACGCCUUGUUGGCUAUGGCCGAGAGAGGAAUCUCGUUCGACGGUGCCGAUCAGGGUCUCUUGAACAUGCACUUCAGGAACACUUACAACCGCCUGAGCUUCACCUACAAUGUCACGCCCUCCGCCCACUACCAGUACAUUCCGGCCUAUAAACACUUCCAAUCGAGCAUCAACUUGGUCCACUUCAUUGGCUCGGAGAAGCCGUGGGUUCAGGGCCGCACCCACACCACCGGAAGCGGAACCUACGAUGAGAUGAUCGGUAGAUGGUGGGCCGUUUACGAUCGCCACUACCGCAACAACUCCAACAAGACUACCGAUGUUGUUGAAAAGUUCGUAAAGGGUGAACAGCAACAGCGCAACGUUUCUUUCCAGAUCCCUCCUAGCCAGAGCCAGAGCCACAGCACACAGAACCAGAUUACCCCCUACAACACCUACAACAGUUACGGGCAAUCCUGGGAUGCUGCAAGAAACUCCCCGCCAGCUGGCUCCAAGCCGGAAGCCGCCAACUUCCCAAACUCGCACUACAAGAUGUCCUCGAGCACACAACAGUUUGUGGCGCCUGCGCGGUAUCCCAGCCCGCCCAAGGACAUGUGGUACAAGGUUCCCGAGGCGGCGCCGACCCAGAAAACCGCCCCAAUCUUCCCUUGGGAGAAGCAGGCACCUGCACCCACUAGGGUCUUUGCCGAACCGCCUCCUGAGCAGCGAAAGCCCUCAGUUGCGUCAAUUGUGACGCCGGCAUCAGCUACCAGAUCGCCAACCAUUGAGCCGAAGAGCGAGGCUGUUACACCCACGACCCCCGGAAGUGCUAACACAUGGACUUCUUUCACAACCAGAGGAAAUGCUUGGGAUGAUGUACCCGAAAUCAACCGAUAUGUCGACGCUUUGCAAAAGCACCGCCGCUCCGGAAGUAAGGGCUCGGCGGCAGCCACGUCGAGGCCGACUAGUCCUGGUCGCGCUCAGAGCAGAUCUAGGAGAAGCUCUAGGGUGACUGACUUCCCGACCGAGGAUGACCGUCCAAGCCUUCCUGUCACCCCCGCGCCCAUCCAAGGACCGAGAUCUUCGAGAGGUGAGAAUGCGCGACAGUUCCCUGCUGCCGCCGGCGUACCAGCGCAAUCCGAAUGGGAUCCCGCAGCCCAGCUUGAGAAGCUCGCGCUACACCAGCAAGAAACGUUGCAGAAGCUCGGUGAGCGACCUGCUUUUGGGGGAUUGGCAAUUGGGACAGCGGGUAAAGAGAUCCCGGCUCGCGCACUUCCCUUUGGGUCCGAAGACGCAAGAUCGCCAACUUAUGUUGCCCAGUCUCCGUCGGUGCUUAGUCCGAAGCCGUUGAGAGCGAGUACAACCGGAACGAACUCGGUACGCAGAAUCCUGACGAUUGACGAAGAGGGAGGGAACGUGCCGCUGACGACUACGGAAAAAAAGACCCCGAGCCCACUGCCCACGCAGCCAAGCAUUACCAUCGCCCCGCCGAGCUAUCAGGGACCAGGUGCAGCUUUUGAGAAGGGGGAAGACUUCCCCACUCAUGAGACGCCUGCGCUUCCGACGGAGGAGGAAAGAGAUGUCCUUGAGACGUGA